AUGGGCUCUGAAUAUACCUAUGACGAAGAGGGCGAAACAUGGCCAUUCUUCUUGUUGGCUGUGUUGUCGUUCAUAUUGGUGCCAGUCACCGUGAAGUACUUGUACAACUUGCGCAGCACAUCGGACGCCAAGUCAGAAAACGCCUCCAUCAAAGGCGCCAUAUCCCAGGAGGUGGCAGUGGAAAAUGCCGCCCAGAUCAACAGUUUCCAGGCUCAAAAGAAGUCGUCCAAGAUCUUCAACUGGUCGUUGUUGUUUAUUGUCGUGGGCUGGUCAGCCUUUGUCUACGUGGCCCUCAAUCUCGUCAAGGAAGCCGACUUGCAAGGCGCCUUCGACCCGUACACCAUUUUGGACGUGUCCCAGUUUGCCAGUGAAAGAGACAUCAAGAGCAAAUACAGAAAGUUAUCCCUCAAGUUCCAUCCUGACAAGCUCCCAAAGGACUUGACUGAUGCCGCCAAACAAGAAAUGGAAGCAGCUUUCAUCAGAAUCAAUUUGGCCUACAAGUCCUUGACUGACGAGGUCACCAGAAACAACUUUUUGAAGUACGGCCACCCUGACGGCCCUCAGGAUGUUUCCCACGGAAUUGCCUUGCCCAAGUUCUUGGUCGAGGGUAAGUACUCCUCGUUGAUGAUCGUUGUCUAUUUCUUGUUGAUCGGUGUCUUGUUGCCAACAAUUGUUGGCACAUGGUGGGGCAAUGUCAAGUCAUACACCAAGAGGGGCUUGCACAUCGAAACCGCCGGAUUAUUCACCAGAAGAUUGACCAACAGAGACCCUACCAAGAUCUACACUGUCUACGACUUAUUGGACUUGAUUUGUUUGAGUAACGAAGUUAGAACCACUUUUAAGCAUUUGGACUACAACCAGGUCAGAGAUUUGAUUGCUAGACACUUGAACAGAAACUUCGAGUACGUCAAGACCAACCCAAGCUUGGAAGCCGAGAAGGUCAAGAUUGUGGCCAUGUUACCAAAAUUGAUUGAAGGAUUGAUUGAAAUCGCCGUGGUCUUCAGACAAGCUGAUAUUGUCGUGACUGCUUGCGAUUUGCAAAAAUCGAUUAUCCAAGCUGUCAAGCCAGAAGGUAAGUAUCAAGAAUUAUUGCAGUUGCCUUAUGUGGAUAGAAAAGCCGUGGAAAAAUCUGGUGUCAAGAAAUUGGGUAAGCUUUUCGCUGUCUCUAAGGAAGAAGCUGGUAAAAUUUUAGGUAUCGAAGACAAGACAAAAUUGGAAGCUGCCCUCAGCGUUGCAGCAAGUAUUGGUUCUUUGAGAGUACUUGAAUCAGAAUUUAAAGUUCCUGGCGAAGACGUGGUUACACCUGCUUCUAAUGCUCACAUCUCAUUGAAAUUCUUGGUCAAGUCUCCAAAGCUUAAGUCAUGUCCAGAAAUUGACGAAUCCAGAUUGAAGGAUGAGGAAACAUUGGAUUACAUGAGAAACCCAGCUUCUAUCAACGAAAAACAACCAGUUCUUCCAUAUAGUUACUCUCCAUUCUUCCCAAGCAAUGUCCGUAAUUCGUGGACAGCUUUCUUGUUAUCACAGAAGGAUGCAAAAUUAGUGGAGGGUACCACAUCAUACAAGUUAGAAAAUGUCGACUUGAGUAACUUGGCCUUAGAUCAAGAAACUUGGAAGAAGGGAGAAGAUGUUACCAUUGGAACAUUCAAAAUUAACUUGGCUGUCCCAACUCCACAAAACAUUGGUAUCUACCAUUUCAGACUCAUAUUAAAGAACAACGCAUACUUCGGUUGUGACGUUGACAUUCCUGUUGAAUUGGAAGUUAAGACCCCUCCAUCCUUGAUGAGCUUGAAAAAGAAAGAAGUCGAUUCUGACGAUGACGAAAGUGACAUCUCCGACCCAGAGGAAGACACCUUGGCUGGAGCUUUGGCCGCCUUGAGAGGACAGAGUACUCAGCCAUCGAAGAUUGAAGAACAAGACGACGAUGUUAGUGAUAAUGAGAGUGUCUUCACGGAUAUAAAUACAGAUACUGAAGACGAGGGUGAGAAUUAG